GUUCAGGCACGCCUCCCUGGAAAUAAGGAGAGAGGAGAGGGCACGAGAUAAACCGUGGUACAUUCGGAGGCAUUCGUUGGACUGGCAUGGCUGUGUGCUGCUCAGCACUGCGAUCUACAUCCAUGAGGCUCCUGCCUGGACAUUUGCAUUCCCUCUGCACGGCAACACAGCCUUGAUACGGCGCUGGACAGAGCGACGUCGAGCCGUGCUGUGCUCUCACAGCAUGUUGCAGGGCAUUGGGGAGAUAGAGAGGGAAUAAUAGGGGGGGGGAACCUUACCGCACACUUGAGCGAUGUUGCGUGAGCUUCUCUCUCUCUCGUUUCAGACCGUCUGCACAGGGACCUGGGACUAAUGGAGGGAUACAAUGAUGUUGCUCUUCGCUUGUCAUGCUUGAAUCACAGCUUCAUAUAUCCUUUUGUGUCGGAGACCUCAUUGUCUUCGUCUGUCACUGCCGCCAGAUCAACUGUGGGGUAGUGUGGCGGACAGAGCCCCCUCCUCAACCCCCCUCUCCCUUGUCUGUGCCCCUGGCUUCUCAUCACUCCCGGCUCGCUCGUGUCUAUUUACCUGUCUCGAGCCCUCCCCUCUCUGUUGAGCUCCGUCUUUCUUGCUCUCCUGCUCCCCACUGCUUACUAUCUCCCUCUCUUUGCUCCUUCAAAGAGGGCAGUCUGCCGUUCCAUCCAAGCAGCUUGUUACAUGACCUCCCGGAAAACAGUUUUUGCCGCUGCUCUGCCUCCUCACAGUUCCUGAGCCCUUCCAGAUUUCCAUCUCUACAACGGCAGGAUGUUCCUUCGCGAGGAUUGAUCCCCAUCAACCCCUCUUCACUUUCCCCUUCCCCUCCCUUGUCCUGAUCUCCUGCCCUCUGACCCUCACCCUCUUGUUCUCUACCCCCGCCCUCCCUCUCCUAUUCACCCUUACCCCAAGCCUCUUUCCCCCUUAAUUCAUUUCACCCCCUCGACCAUGUUGCCAUGUGUCCGCUGGCUCCAACUUAUCCUCAUCUUGCUGUCCUCUGUCUUAUGGACCCGGGGGGAAAACUGCCCAGCAAACUGCAAGUGCCCAGAUCCUCACACUGUCGACUGCAGCGGCCGCGGGCUGACCCGGCUACCCAAUGAGAUCCCCUUGGAUGUGCGCAGGCUGUUGCUGGCCGACAACUGGAUACCCCGCAUCCCCUCGGACUUCCUGGUUCUGUACAGCGACCUGGUCUACCUGGACCUCCGGAACAACUCCCUCUCCCACAUAGAACCGGGGACUCUCAGCACCUCCUCCAGGCUGGUCUUCCUGGACCUGGGCAGCAACAACCUGACUGAAAUCCCCAAGGGGACUUUUGGGGAGUCUCGGAGCCUGAUCAAACUACGGCUGGGCAACAACCCGUAUCUGAGCAUGGUGAACGAGGAUGCCUUCCUUGGCCUCACCUCUCUGAGAGAGCUGGAACUGGAGCGUAAUGCACUGUCUACGCUACAGGUGGGGGCACUGAGUCAGUUGCCCUCCCUGCGGGCGGUGAGGCUAGAGGGCAAUCCCUGGGUGUGCAAUUGCAACUUUGCCAACCUGUUCGCAUGGCUGAUGGAGAACAGUCACAAGCUUCCAAACGGGGUGGAGGGCAUGGAGUGCUCCCUCCCCAUGGAUGGCAGACGUGUUUCCCUGACCCAGCUCUCCAAGGACAGCUUCCGCGAGUGCCAGGCCACACUGACUCUGACAGACCUGCUCAUCAUCAUUUUCUCUGGCAUCUCCGUGUCCGUGGUGGCCAUCAUGACAAGCUUCUUCCUGGCUUCAACCGUUCAUUGCUUCCAGCGCUGGAGCAAAGGCACCAAGGGUGACGAGGAGGAGAGUGAGGAGGGUUGAACUUUAAGGGUCCUGUGGUCCUGGUACUUCAAACAAUGAGAGGACACCGCAGACUGUGCGACAAGUUUCAUGUUGUCUCCUCCCUGGUGCAUACCCAGAACUGUUCAACGGUAGGAUCUCGCCCUGAUACGGUUGCAGUUGUUUCCUUUGCACAUGAAAUAUGGUAACACAGGACAUGAGCCAAAGUCCCAAUAAAAAUUAGCAGGUGCCCUGCUCCACUUGCAAAAUGAUAUUAUAGAGAUCGUAUUUUUGGCUGUGACAGCCUGUAGUCGUCUUUUAUGGCUGCUGGCUCUUGGCUCAAUGUUGUAGGUCUACAUAGAUAUAGUAAGAACAACACCUUUAUAAUAGAACAGUGAAGGAUCACAAAAAAAAAAGAGAUGUUGCUGCAGUGCUUUCACAUUAGUAUUAGACAAGGUGAUAACUUCUCAACAUGUAAUCACAUUAGAUUGAAAUCCUGUAAAGUGACGUCAAAGUUUUAGAUGAUUUUCAUGGAGAUUUUUCUGCGUGGGGCAGAACCCGUAACCCCGUAAAAAAAGGAUGUCAUACCGACCAAUGACCUCAGUAAUUAACUGCCUAUACCAUGAUAUGCUGGCAUAUCCUGCCAUUUACAGUGUCUUUUUUUUUCGGAGCCUCACUCAAAUUCCACUACUGUUGGCAAAUAUUGUUGUUCCUUCUGCAUGUGAAAUUAAACGAGGGCAGAGGUGUCAGUCGAAGAAGGAUUUGGAUGUCGGUAAGAUGUUACUGCAGGUAGCUGAUAUAUUGUAGGCAGGAAGAGUUUCCAGUGGGUCUACACAUUCGUUCAGCAGUAUAUUCAUUAUAUAAUCACAAAUAUAUGUACAAAAGAAAACGAUGUACACUCAAACCAAACAUUUAAAUCAAAAGGAUGUACUGUAUGUUCCUUAGAUUGAUAUCUGUGACCUAUGUAGAAAGAUAAAAUAAAAGUAUAAUCUUAAAUUACGGCAAAUACGGUAUUAAAAUAGAAUUUACGUAGAAAUAUAGCGUCAAAUAGCGCAUCUUUAUAUGGUGAACCUAAUAUUAGCAAGCCCCUAAUUACACUAUGUAGACUGGUUUUGUCUUCAUCUGCCAAAGAGUAGGUUUAGGUGAGGGAGAGAUUGCAUACAAGGACUUUGUUGUGGAUCUGUGAUUAUAGUGAGGUAGGGAAGGCGGCACUAUAGCCAAAUCACGCUUUGUAUACACAUAUUAUACUCAAACAGUCAUGGUCUCCAAAGAUUAGCGUUUCCUUCUAGAACCAGCUGUAUUACUUUACUUCACACAUGUGGAGUCUUCACCUUCAACAGGGACUUCAGAGCAAAUCCAAGGUUUGUCACUUUUUGGAAUAUAUAAUUUAAGAUAUCCAGAAUUGAUACAUCGUGGACUCUCAGUCAGCUUUUUCUCCUUUUAAGAAAAUAUCUUCCAAUAUCUUGUGGUGAAGAUGCAGAUUUGAUGUCCUGGAAAAGUCUCAUAAAAAUCUGUAUCAACAGCAUCAGCAUUCACAAGAGCGGCAGUACAGCGCAAUCUAGAUUAAAUAAAGCUGCGUCCUGAACAUUAUGGGUUCCGGUUUGUCAUUUGCAUCCUGUAUGUUUAAAUCCUCCAUUAGGAUUUGGAAGGCUCAAAGCUUUAAAAAGGGUAUGUUGUAUUACUUCCCACAUUCUUGUAAGGCAUGAAUAAUUCACCGAAAUUGAGAUAUGAACCAGAAAGAAUGUCAAGCCCUUAAAUGCAAACAAGAAGACAGGAAAAGAGUUCUAAUUCAUGUGUGGUUAACAAAAGAUAAAAAGGAAUUCCAAAUGCCGUGUCGGUUAAGAACAAUUCAUAACACUCAACGUGUAGCAUCAAGAAGCACAUUUUGCAUCAAUGACGAGAAAUAAAUAUUUAUUUUUGUUAUUUUUUAUUUGCAUCAGCAUCAAGAAAGCACAAAGAUCUCACAGAACACUAAUGUGAUUCUAAUACACUCUUUUAAAUGAAGUGACACGUCACAAAUUGGUACCAUCCUCCUGUAUUGUCACCGUUUGUUUUAAUGUGUAUCGUCACAUGCUGUUUUGAAAAUGUCGCAUUCUAUAAACAAGAGUUGUACUGUAUGAAUGUUUGGGAUCUGCCAGAAUUCAAACGGCUACUGAUUUGAAGACAAAUCUAUUUGAAGGCACAUUUAUGGGCUAAGCUAAUGGUACAUUUCAACAUCAAAUUAAGUGCAGUCCUAAAGGCUGAUGCUAAUGAAUUUCAUUUCCGCCAUUCAGUAUUUCUUAUGACGACAAAUAACCUAGAAAUUCACAUGGAGCGAAUGAAGGUGUGGAUGGGACGUUUAGCAGCUCCACUCCCAAUUAAAAGGUACAAAACCGUAAUUGAUGUUGUUGCAUUAGAGGGAGCAGGUUCCCAUUUUUGGAAAAAGAAAACCAUUUGAAAUCUAAAUACCACAACAAUAGCUAAAGGGAAUUCAUGAAAUGUAUUGGUUUCCCCCUCCGCAGGUGAGAAACUGCUUUCUUAACGGAUAUCUGGGGGUGCAGACUUCAGUCAAGGAAUCAGAGGGGAAGUUUUUAUACAUAUCAUUAUCAUGUCCAACUACUGUGUAGUUACUGUAUAACAACACAUUGUUAUGUCAGCUUAGCUGUUAGCUUGAAGCAUAUGUUAGCAUGACACUUUUUUCUUUCUCUUACUCAUUUUAUUAAGUAACAAAUAUCAGCACAUUAGAGCAUGCACUGUUGAGCUAUCUACAGUAUCAACUUCAGAUUUAUGUCUAUUUUUCUAUUAAACCUUUCAGAAUGAAGAAUUUAUUUACUCUGUCAGUCCCCAAAGUCAUGUUCUGGCAUUGCACACCCUGAGAAAGCAGCUUGUCUUGACAUUGCUUAAUAAAAUACCAAAAUCCAUGUUACCGUACGUUUUGUCAGAUAAAUGUCAGAAUGGCUCAAAUCUAAAUGAAGUGACAGAGACGAGCGUGACCUUGUUGCUGCAGCUGAAUGCAUUUCCAAAUGUCAAACAGACCAUAAUGUGUAGCUGUAUAUAUUGAUGUUUGGUAAAAAAGAAUUACAAUAAAAUCCUUUGUUUCUGUCUUCUGGUCUGAACUUGUAUCAGUGUGUCUAAUAGGCAGCGUGAUCAUUUAUUAUUAACGUGAUAUGUCAGCAUACAUCCUGCACAUACCUGUGAUACACACCAACCUGCUGGAAGUCAUAUUUAAAUAAAGGGCUGCCCUACAUGCAGAGACUGACAGAAACAGUAACAGUGGGAAUGUGAUUCUCAUACCUUCAUAUCUACUGCUUAGUGUUAAUAAUGACUCAAUAA